AAUUGAUCGUCUUUUCACGCUUUUGACCUUUGAUUCAGGCGGGUCAAAAAGAGAAUGUCUUACCUCGCGGUCGCUAGCGACCACAUCGAUCCAGGGGUGUUUUAGUUGCCUGACAGAUUUAAGAUAUUACCUAUAUAUACGUCCGGUGUUUAUUUAGAAUACAACUACGAGAGAGAACACACGGUGACAGCAGUAACCAGAAUAUGAAUGGAAUGGAUGCCUCGCGUCCAGUGUCAUAGGGCAUCUCAAAUAUACUUUUAGAGAGUAAAAAAUUCGACAAAUACAUAACACAACUAAUACGGAUUUGUGAUUUAUCAAGAAGCGAAGAUAUUUGUGGAAAAGGGGUGGAACAAACGUCUCGCUGUAAGCCAUAAUAUAUACGUGUCGAGAAAGAGAAACUGUGGCAAGAGACUAGCACUCUACAAAAAUGUCUUUCAGUACUACGUACAACAAGGCGCUCAAAUGGGACAUAAAAUACACCCACUUCGGUAGUCCAGUGAUCAUGCAGUGGAGGAACUCCGGGGACUACCCAAAUUUUGAUAUGCUGAGAAUAGACAAGGAAAAUAAACUUCUUCGACGGAAUAUCUUACUGGCAUCUAGAGAAAUAUAUUCUCCAAAGGCGAUGCCUCCAGCCCCGGCGUUCAGAAUCGUCUCCAGGGAGGACGCUGACGCCAUCACACAGCGUCUUCAAAGACGUGGAAGUUACCGGGAUUCAAGCAGGUCGCGGAGUUCUACAGCCUCCAGUGUAAAUUCUGACUACAGCCAAAAUCAAAGAGAAAAACUUUACGGGUAUAAGCAGUUGACACCCGAACAGCACGGAGAGCUGAUGAAGAGACUGUCCGGGAAAACGCACGCGACAUCACUGAGGGAGACACAGACCAGCGUCUACAAACAUCCACAUCUCAUGAGGUCCACUCCGAUUCUGGGAAGACGCGCAAUGAAACAGAGGGUCGAAGUCUCUGCGUGAGAACGCCCAAUCAAGGUGAAGACAUUUAUAUGUCAUAAACCUGGUUCUUUUAUGUUGGACAAUUCGACUGUGAUAUCAUUGGCUAUUGGGUAUUUAAGAGUCAAAGUUGAUGGAAGUACACCGCAGACGUUAUUUGACGUUCACCAAGCCGAGUUUCUGCGUGUAUAUUUGGCAAGAUUUUCUG